AUGACCGAAACCACCAAGACCCACGUUAUCCUGCUGUCCUGCGGCAGCUUCAACCCCAUCACCAAGGGGCACAUCCAGAUGUUCGAAAGAGCCCGGGAUUAUCUGCACAAGACUGGAAGGUUCAUUGUAAUUGGUGGAAUCGUCUCACCUGUACAUGACUCCUAUGGGAAGCAGGGCCUGGUCUCCAGCCGACACCGUCUGACCAUGUGCCAACUGGCCGUCCAGUCCUCUGACUGGAUCAGGGUGGACCCCUGGGAGUGCUAUCAGGACACCUGGCAGACUACCUGCAGCGUACUGGAACACCACCGCGAUCUGAUGAAGCGAGUGACUGGCUGCAUCCUCUCCAAUGUGAACACACCUUCCAUGACCCCAGUGAUUGGACAGCCCCAGAAUGAGUCUCCACAGCCCAUUUACCAGAACAGCAACGUUUCCAACAAGCCCACAGCAGCAAAGAUCUUGGGGAAGAUGGGAGAAAGCCUGAGCCGGAUUUGCUGUGUCCGUCCGCCAAUGGAGCGCUUCACUUUUGUGGAUGAGAAUGCAAAUUUGGGGACCGUGAUGAGAUACGAGGAGAUUGAGCUUCGUAUCUUAUUGCUUUGUGGCAGUGACCUGCUGGAGUCCUUCUGUAUCCCAGGCCUCUGGAAUGAGUCUGACAUGGAGGUGAUUGUCGGGGACUUUGGGAUCGUGGUGGUGCCCCGGGACGGCACAGACACAGACCGGAUUAUGAACCAUUCCUCAAUACUCCGCAAGUACAAAAACAACAUCCUGGUCGUGAAGGACGACGUGAACCACCCAAUGUCUGUCGUCAGUUCAACUAAAAGCAGACUGGCCCUGCAGCAUGGGGAUGGACACGUUGUGGAUUACCUGUCUCAGCCCGUCAUUGACUACAUCCUCAAGAGCCAGCUGUACAUCAACGCCUCUGGUUAA